AUGUGCGCUGAGCGCGUCCGGCCUCAGCCCCGGGGCCGGAGCAGCGGCACGGACAGAUGGACAGCCGGACAGCCGGAGAGAUGGACAGCCGGAGAGACGGACAGCCGGAGAGAUGGACAGCCGGACAGAUGGACAGCCAGAGAGAUGGACAGCCGGACAGACGGACAGCCGGACAGACGGACAGCUGGGCGGCUCUGCCUUGUUACAGACAACGCUGUCUUACCCAGGCCCUUGUGUGAGCGUGUACCGGCCCGGCUGCGCUCCCGCCGCCCGCGGGCCACGCGGGGCUCGGGGGCCGCGGCGGGGCCGGCGGGCCGGGCCCCGAGCGGCGGCAGUUGGGACCCCGCGGGCACCGGCGCCUCUCCGCGGAUGGACGGUGAGCCGCCAGCCGGGCCCCAGGCCCGCGACCCCGCCGGGCGGGGAGCGGAGCCGGGCGACGGCAGCGGGGCGGCCGGGGGGCUGCCCAGCCCCGGCACCCGCAGCGACGCCCCCGCGGCCCCCGGGGACGGGCCCGUGGCCGUGUCGGUGGUCACCAACUCAGCCUUCGAGGGGGCCCCUCCACCCUACUCGCCGCCGGACCCCAAGAGCUUUCACCUCCACUACCCGCCCUACCCAGCCGGCUACUCCCAGCAAGGGCCCGUCAUUUACCCGUCGGGGCCGGGACCGCGGCCCUUCCCAGCCCCGGGCUUCCCCCCCGGGCCCCUGCCCUACAGCCCGUACCCCGCGCAGCCGGGCGCGGGGCCCUCAGCCGCGGGCCACGGGCACCAGCGGCCCAAGGACUACACGGUGGAGUCGGUGCUGGUGACCCUCUUCUGCUGCGUGCUCACCGGGGUCAUGGCCCUCGUCUACUCCCACGAGACCCGGGCUGCGCUCGCCCGUGGGGACGUGGCCCAGGCGUACGUGGCAUCCAGAAAGGCGCAGUCACUGGUCCUCAUCAGCCUCCUCUUCGGGUUGUUCGCCUCCAUCAGCUGGAUCAUCUACGUCCUGGUGUCCCUGUACCUGUGACAAGGACCCUGAGCCCCAGGGACGCGGCGUGUGCCAAGAACUCCUUGUGGCUCGCCACCUGAGGGGGGGUGUGGGGCACGGGCAGGUGAAGUUGACACAGCCUUGUGUGGAAAUGGGUGACAACGAAGAGUUUUUGGGGCUGCAGGGCAGCGUCCGUCCUUCCCGGCGGGGCGAGGAGCUGCCCCGGAGCCUUCAGCCAUCUGCUCAGCCCAGGGCAGGAGGAGCCCAGGGCAGGGAGAUGCUGCAUCCUGCUGGAUCCAGCUCUGGGCAGGGAGCUGUGUCGGAUCCAUGGGCAGGAUCCAGCUCUGCUGCAGGAUGCUGAAUCCCAUUGCUGUGGGCUGUCACUUGGAGCUGCCAGUGGGACUCUGGUGUGGAGGGAGCAUCUUGUAGGAUUGGGGUUGGAAAUGGAGCAGAAGUAACAGGUGUGUGGGAAGCCCUCACUGGUCAUUAAUAGUGUGAGAAUAUACAAACCCAUGUAUACAGUUCUACAGUAAUCCUGCACACACACAC